UCACUACUUGAUGUUUUUCAGAUGUUCAUCCAGCAGCGUCUCUCACAGUGAGUCCUGACAGAUCGCAGCACUUUGGCAAAGAGUCUCUGUCACUGAGCUGUGAGGGAAACUCCACUAAGUGGAGAGUGAAGAUGUUUACUGAACCUAGCACUGUGAUUGACUGUUCAAUCUUUGGGAAAAUGAAUGGAUUCACGUGCAACAUAGACCGUUCCUGGGUUAGUGGAGUGUACUGGUGUGAGUCUGACACAGGACAGAUCAGCAAUGCCGUCAACAUCACUAUACAGUACGAUGAUGUUAUCCUGGUGAGCCCCGUCCUUCCUGUGGCCGAGGGACAUUCUGUCACUCUUGGCUGCAAGUUGAAGACAGAAAAUGUUCUUUUUAAUGUGGAUUUCUAUAAAAAUGACAAACUCAUCCCAAAUAAUACAAAAGGGGAGCUGACUAUCUCUGCAGUGUCAAAGUCAGAUGAAGGUUUUUAUAAAUGUGAAGUAAAGAAGUCACCAGGUUGGUCGAGUCUGACGUCAAAAGAGAGCUGGAUGUCAGUAACACCAACCAGAUCUGAAGAAACCUCUCCAUUUCCUGUGCUGUUGAUUGUUGGGUUGGUUUGUGGAGUUGUUCUGAUUCUUCUCCUGCUGAUGUUUCUGUAUCGCUACAGAAAGUCAAACGAUUCAUGCUUCAGCAGGUCUCAGAGCACCAAUCAGAUCCCUGCUACAGACCACAUGGUCAACCAGGUGGAAGCUCAAUACGCUUCUCUUCUCCAUGGUGAUGCUUGUCUCUAUGAAACAAUCAAAGGCCGUGAAGAACCUGAACAUGGGAGGAAUGAAGAACCAGAGGACAGUCUUUACUACAAUGUGAUGAUAAGAUCAGCUGCAGCUCCUGUACUUUGAAUGGAUGGUCUCUCAAAAAUCAGCAAAACAAAUCUUGAAAUAUUGGUUUGAAAUAUAUAGGCUGCAUGUGAUAGUUCAGCUACAAAGCCAGCAUCGCUUUCAUUGAUGAACUCAUUUAUAUCGGAUUUAAAAAUAUACUGUAUAUAUCCUGUUGUACAGUUUCCCUCUGUCUUUGCAUGGUUUGAUAGAUACUGCAUGUGUUUUAGUUUCACCUGAAUGGGUUUAGUAUGUGUUAUUCUUGACCAUUUUAUGCAUCAAUAAACUUCCAGCACUAAGCUAUCAGCAGUGUUUUUAUUUGUCAUUACCUUCUCUAAAAAAGAUUUGAUUCUCUAAAACCCUACAUAAUCAUAAACAAAGUCAGAGUUGCUGGACUAUAGCAGCCUCGAUCUGUUUGUUCGUAGCGGGUCUGUAUUUUCUUAGCUCAAGUGCAAAGGAGAACU